AUGGCGACCUACGUGCAGCUGAACACCACAGCCAAGAUGCCCCUUCUGGGGCUGGGCACCUGGAAGUCCCCCCCAGGUAAGGUAACAGCUGCAGUGAUGGCUGCCAUUGAUGCUGGGUACCGCCACUUUGACUGUGCCUACGUGUACCAGAACGAGAAGGAAGUUGGGGAUGGGAUCCAGCAGAAAAUCAAGGAAGGUGUUGUGAAACGAGAAGACCUCUUCAUUGUCAGUAAGCUGUGGUGCACAUUUCAUGAAAAGCCUCUGGUGAAGGCAGCCUGUCAGAAAACUCUCACUGACCUGAAACUGGAUUACCUGGAUCUCUACCUCAUGCACUGGCCUCUUGGGUUCAAGGCAGGACAGGAGGUGUUUCCCAUAGAUGACAAAGGCAUGGCUAUACCCAGCAAUACAGAUAUUCUGCAGACAUGGGAGGCCAUGGAAGAGCUGGUGGAUGCUGGUCUGGUAAAAGCCAUUGGAAUCUCCAACUUUAACCAUGAGCAGACUGAAAGAAUCCUGAACAAGCCAGGACUGAAAUACAAGCCCGCAAAUAACCAGAUUGAAUGUCAUCCAUACCUUACCCAGGAGAAGCUGAUCAAGUACUGUCAAUCCAAAGGGAUUGCUGUAACAGCAUACUGUCCCCUUGGCUCUCCUGACAGACCAUGGGCUAAGCCAGAGGAUCCUUCCCUUCUGGAUGACCCCAGGAUCGGAGAGAUUGCAGCUAAACACAAGAAAACUCCAGCACAGGUUCUCCUUCGCUUCCAGAUCCAGAGAAAUGUGAUUGUGAUUCCCAAGUCUGUCACGCCACAGCGCAUUGUGGAGAACUUCAAGGUGUUUGACUUCGAAUUGUCUAAAGAUGAGAUGGCAGCCAUUCUCAGCUUUAACAGAAACUGGAGGAUCGCUACAAUGGCCAUGUGCGUAAAUCACAAGGAAUAUCCUUUCCAUGCAGAAUACUGAAGAUGCUCGUAAUAUGGCCUUC